AUGGAGUGGCUUCAGCUCCAUCCUCUAUCACUCUAUCAAGGGGCUGCCUUCCCUUUUGCACUUUUGUUUAAUUAUCUUUGCUCCGUGGAUUCAUUUUCUACACAUGCCAGAUACCUCUUUCUCCUUGCCGGAGGGCACCUCCUGGCCUUGGCUGCCAUGGGUUCCUAUGCUGUGCUUGUCCUCAUCCCUGCUGUCUGCGCUGUGGUUUUGAUCUGCUCCCUCAGCCCACAGCAAGUCCACAGACACACUUUCUUCUUUCAGAUGAGCUGGCAGACCCUGUGUCACUUGGGUCUGCACUACACGGAGUAUUGUCUUCAAGAGCCUGCAUCCAUGAGGUUCUGCAUCACUCUUUCUUCCCUAAUGCUCUUGACCCAGAGGGUCACAUCCCUCUCCCUGGAUAUCUGUGAAGGGAAAGUGGAGGCACCAUCAAGAGGCAUCAGGAUCAGGAGCUCUUUGUCUGAGCAUCUACGUGAAGCACUUCCCUAUUUCAGCUACUUUCUCUUUUUCCCUGGCCUCCUGGGAGGUCCUCUAUGUUCCUUCAAAAGAUUUCAGGCUCGUGUUCAAAGAUCCAGCUCUUUGUGUCUAAAGCACUCUUUCUGGGCUCUGGCCAGAAGGAGUCUGCAGAUCCUGGGACUAGAGUGCCUGAAAGUUGCCGUGAGGCGAGUGGUCAAUGCUGAAACAGGCUUGUGGGAUUGUCAACAACUGGAGUGUAUCUAUGUCAUGUGGUCCACAGCGGCCCUUUUCAAACUCACCUAUUACUCCCACUGGGUCCUGGAUGACUCCCUCCUCCAUGCAGCUGGAUUUGGGUCUGAGAUCAGUCAGAGCCCUGAAGAGGAUGCAUACAUCCCUGAUGCAGACAUCUGGACCUUAGAGUCAACCCACAGGAUAUCCCUAUUCACAAGGAAGUGGAACCAAAGCACAGCUCGCUGGCUCAGACGGCUCAUAUUCCAGCAAAGCAGGGCCUCGCCACGGUUGCAGACAUUCGCCUUCUCUGCCUGGUGGCAUGGCCUCCACCCAGGACAGGUGUUCGGUUUCUUCUGCUGGGCUAUGAUGGUGGAAGCAGAUUACCUGAUUCACACCUUUGCCAAUCUGUUUAUCAGAUCCUGGCCCAUGAAGCUGCUCUAUCGAACUCUUACGUGGGCCCACACCCAGCUCAUCAUUGCGUAUAUCAUGCUAGCUGUGGAGACACGGAGCCUUUCCUCUCUGUGGUUGCUGUGUAACUCUUACAGUAGUGUCUUUCCCACUGUGUACUGCAUUUUGCUUUUUCUGUUAGCAAGAAGAAAGCAUAAAUUUCACUGA